GGCUGCAUUUAGCUUGGGCUCUUUCUCCUCCCUCUCUGUGCACUGUGCAGCUGGGAUUCAGCAAUAACUAUGAGCCUCCUAACUUCCAAAAUCUUCGUGUCUCCCUUCCCGCAGCUCUUAAUCGCAGCUUUUAUAGCUGUCUUAAUCCAAGGCAACCAUGUUGCUAACAGUGCCACAGUCACUAUCCAAACACAAGGGGAUGGAGCCUCUGAGACUGCUCAGAACAUAGCCUUACAACCACACGGGGUCACCCCAGAUCAGCACACAAACACCACUUCAGAGCCUGAACCAAAAUCAGAGCCCUCUGUGUCUCAGAGCCCCCCAACAGAGAAGGCGGUGGAAGGGGAGAACUUAGUGUUCUCGUGCCAGUUUACCCAGAGUGGUCACUUUGAUUCCAAGAAUUUGUCUGUGACGUGGUAUAACAAGAAGAGUGAGGAGACACUGACGGUCCUGGUCGGGAAUGAAACAAAGGAGGAGGGCUAUUUGGGCAGAGUGUUCUUGAACGGGGAUUGGCUUGGCACAGGCGUCGCCUCCAUGACCCUUCUCAACGUCACGUCAAGCGAUUAUGGCAUUUACAUUUGCUCUGUGACACUACCCAAUGGAAGUACUUUAGAAGGAGACGGCACAAAGCUGAGUGUCAGGAAAAGAUCGGGCUUGUUCGGGAUGGAGGAGUCAAUCGGGACAAUUAUCGGAGUGGUGGUUGCAGCUGUGGGGGUCACUGUGGGACUGGUGGCGAUCAUAGUGCCCCAGUUCAGGAAGAAGUUUGUGUGUUUCAAGAAAUAGAUACCCGCAGCACGAGCAGUUCGAUGAUGUUUUACUACCACAUGGACAAUGUUUCAGAAGCACUUGUUUUUGUUCAUGACACUUUUAUUUAAUACAAAUAAAUGAAUGUAUUUAUUAUACAUUUUUUCACUUGUCGUGCCUAUUAGAAACCUCCUACUUUGUUAAUAGAGCAGAAGAAUAUGAUUUCAUGGAUUGGAAGAAUGGAUGUGUGACCCUGUUUUGAGUUUUGUACCAUUGCAGAUUGUUUUAAUAUCCUGCUGCACAUAUCUUUUUUUUUUAAAUUGAGAGUAGUAAACUAAAAACUAAUGGGAGGAUCUGUUUGGAAGUUGCAUUUCAAAGCAUUUGAAAUCAAAGCAUUUUUCUCAUGAGAAGAAAACUCAUGUUUUCACUGUUCACAGGACAAGCGUUGUUAGAUCUGUUUAUUUUCCUAAAUGUUAAAAUUUUUGUAUUAAGCAUGUUUAAAUAUUUAAACUAACAAAUCAGGAAUCCUUGUAUCCAAACACAAUAGCCAUAAUAGAAGCCCUUCAUCACUUUUUAUAGAUUACUGCAACAUGUAAGUGUGUAAAAGACUAUGUGUGGACAGCAUUCACUUGUAUAUGGAAAAGACAGUGAAGAAAAAAGUAAUGUGAAAUAAAAUUGGCUUAGUAUCCUUUUAGUACUAUGUAAAUGUCAAGUCUAACACUAACAAAGUCUAAAUACAUGUAGGAGAUGGGAGCAGCCAGCUGAUAGAAGCUAAAUGUGGUUAAGAUGCACAGGUGUAGAAAGACAAUAAUAAAACAGUGCACCCUAGAUCAUUGUCUCCACUUUAAUCUUUGGGACUCAAACAACUUUACACACGUACCACUGAAGACAAGAAAAUCAACGAGUGCACUCCACUGUGCACCAAAACACACAGCAAACACAGCGACUAAACAGUGAAAAAACAAUAAAUCAGAAACAAAAACAUUACAACAUCCGAAAUACAGAACCAUAAAACAGGCUUCCAUUACUGGCCUGCAAUAAAUACAGAUGUGUUGCAUCCCUUGUGUUUAAACUGUAAAGGUCAAAUGAGCAUUAAUAAGUACAUCCACGGUUUUAAUUCUACAGUAAGAGCUGUGAGAUGACAACAUCAUGUAAAAGAUAAAAAGGUCUUUAAAUCAAGUUUUCAGACGCUUCUGAAUUACAAGACGGAACUUGGACAGAGUUCAGAGCGACCCGGCAGAAUGGUGUGCAGGAGGGAGGAGCUUGCAGCUGCAGGAUUACAGGACCAGUACCCAGCUGGGGUCCUUUUUGAAUGACUGUCAAACCAGCUAUGAAUGGAAAAUCAGGAUGGUCAUCACGACAAAUGACACCCAUUUUGUGUACUGAGGUCACAGAUAUAAGAUGCCCUAAAUGUACACGUUGCUCCAUAGCUGAAAUAAGCUUGCAAAGGACUUAAUGUGUGUACAGUUUCAAGUGUAAUACACCUUUUACAGGAACUCUUAAAUACAAACUACCUACAUUUAUUGUAAAAUAAAGCCUUCCUUGUCUGCAACGCACAGAUCUGUGUUACUUAUGAGGGUCUGCUUUACUUUACUGUGAAUAAUUAACAUUUUAUUUUGCUGGUAGUGUUAAAUAAUCCUUGUUUGCAAUAUACCUUAAUGCACAAAAUACAACACGAUUUGACUGACUAACAUGCCUGAUGGUUAUCACAUGUACAGAGUGCCAUUUAACAACAGAGAUAUACUAAAAACAUUACUGCAACACUGCUGUAGUGUUUUAAUAUCUGCUUUUUGCACCUUCAACACAUGCCACGUUAGCUGGCGACAAUGUAAAACUAUGUUUUGACAAAUGUAAACAGGGUAUCUAAUGCAAAUACCAUGUUUGGCAAAAUAAAUAAAACAAAAAACCCUAGCACACCAUGGAACAAAAAGGAAUGUUGAGUUACUGCAAGACCUAUUAAAAAGGAAAUAUUAAAAAAAAAA